CUGCGUUUGUCGUGAUUUGUGCCGUUAGAACAAAGUAGAAGAAAAGAAUUCAGUGAAGGCAGAAUCAAAAUGGCUACCUCUCACCAAUCAAGCAAACCACGAUUAAAGAUGGCGGAUAUAGCGCUGUUGGCUCAGCGGCAUGACCGCUACGCCAGAGACGUGGUCCAAACAGUGAAGAAGGUAUACCAUGCUCCCGUGCGCACACCCGGCAUGGAUCUAGUGGAGACAAAAGUAGCUAUACGCAAGGGGUUACACUACAAGGGCGCAAAAAAUCCCGAGGCCUGGAGGGAGAAAUAUCAUAGGCGACUCAAACAGUCACGUGACGGGUUUGCGACUCCAUCGCAUGUGCCAUAUGCAUCAAUCGGUGACGUCAUCGUUAAUACGCGGGAGUUGGUAUUCACCUCGUUAGAGCUUGCAGAUCCGGUGGUCGUGAAUGACGAUAAAUACGAGUUCGGAAAGGACAUCAAUGGGACAGCUAAGAAAGCUCAACUGAGGAAGACGAUAACACCGCGUGAGAGUGAUGGCGGACUUAGAGAUAUCCAGGACAUGAUAAAAGUACAUUGCAAGCGAGUCCGCGAGCUGCAGGCUGGCCAGCGGUAUCACAAUUGCCUCCAGAACGAGGCAAAGCAAAAGGCGGAUAACAUAAAGCAUUCCGAGCAGGCCCUUAUUACACCGGAAGCGUUGCGUGACAUUCUAGCGAAGUCACGCCUGAACCGACAUAGCCUGUCAUCAGAACAAAAGCAAGAGAGCGGAACCACGGUAUCCGGGCAUGAUUCAGAGGAAGAGGAAGAUAUUCUUGGCCUGAGGUAAGUUACUAUUUUUUUUUAUUUUUUUAUUUUCUUAUGUUCAUUGUCAUGAAUAAAAUAUGUUACAAAUCGGUUCAUAUUUAGUUUUUAUCGUAAUCUUAUACAGUGUGUAUAAGAUAAUGCAUUAUCUGUCUAG